AUUCGUCUCCGCAACACCACCCAGUCACUCAUAUCAAUACCAAAGGUGAUCAUUUACCUUUUAACUUUUCAAACAUGUCGAGUCGCACCAAGAUCAAAGCUGGACCUAAAACUGUCGUCUGUCAAGAAGCAGAUUUACGUGGCGAGAUUACUAUAGGUAACGGUCGAACGGUCCUUCAUCCUCGCUGCCGUGUUGUGGCAGAAGCAGGUCCAAUUGUAUUCGGAGCAAACAAUAUUAUAGAGGAAAAUGCAGUCAUAUUUAACAAGAACACCGCCCCAUUGGUCAUCGGUGACGACAACGUCUUCGAAGUCGGAUGCUAUGUCGAAGGUCUUGGGAUUGGAAAUCGAAAUGUUAUCGAAGCGAGAGGCCGCCUUAUAGGUACGACGACGGUUGGAAAUAAUUGCGUGAUUGGCUCAGCGUGCACAACAGAUUUGCACGAGAAGAUGGAAGACAAUACAGUCAUAUAUGGUUCAGAUUGCAGUCGACGAACGCAGGAAGAGAGGAAUGCAGCUCAAGCAAGUCUACAUUUGCGUCAUUUAGAAUACCUGAGAGAGAUGCUACCCAAGUAUAACCAUUUAAAACAACUCCCAACUGACGUUUGAUGCCAUUCAAGACAAUUAUACCCUUGCUCUACUCCAAUAUCAAACUGCUAGAUUUAAAAAACACGACUCCUGAUAAUAAUCUAUUUCUUCUUUG